GUGAGAGAGAGACAGUUCUCACGAGGCUUGUUCCUGCUGCUCCUGGUCACGGUCAGUAUUACCGCGGAGUUCAGAGCUACCGGAGGUCCCGUGGAUAAUUAGGCUACUCUACCGUCUGACCGAAAAAAAAACGUCUAACUGACAGCCACAGAAACUUCCCACCCUAGACCUCUGUUUUCCCCAGGAGCUGGACACAAGCUAUCCGAGACGAUGCUUUUCUGUCUGCUGCCUCUCGCGGCUCUCUUGCUGCGCACGGAGGGCAGGCGCGGGGGAACCGUGGUCGGUAACAAAAACAUUGGCCACGCGCUGGACAACGACAAAUGGCUCAGCACCGUAUCUCAAUACGACAAGGACAGAUAUUGGAACAAAUUCAGAGAUGAAGUUGAGGACGACUAUUUCAAAAGCUAUGGUCCUGCCAAGCCAAUCGACCAAGAGACAGAGGCGAGGCCCAGCAGACAUGGGGAACCAGGAACCAAAGCCCACUCCAACCCAGGAAAGAGAAGAACAGAAGAGGAAAGUCAUUUUCCGCGGGGAGUGAAAUCAGAUGAGUUUCUUCCUGCUCUGCAGCAGAGAGAGAGCGAAGCUCCGGAUGCCACUAAAGACCCGUGUCUGAAGGUGCGCUGCCCUCCUCACAAGGUGUGUGUCAGCCACGACUACCAGACAGCCAUCUGCACCAACACCAACCACAAGCAGCCUAGACACAGUGUGAAACCCAGGAAAGGAAGCUUGGCCCACAACUGGGCAGGAGCAGGGGCCCAUGGGAAGUGUAGGCCGUGCCCUGUCAUCCACCCCAGCCCUGUGUGUGGCUCUGAUGGCCACACCUACUCCUCCAAGUGUAAGCUGGAGUUCCAAGCGUGUACGUCAGGGAAGAGCAUCGCUCUGAAGUGUGAGGGGCCGUGCCCAUGUCUGCCUGGUCAGGAACUGGUCAAACUACGCAGAGACAAGACAGAGAAGACCGUCUGUAGUGAUGGGGACCUGCAUAACCUAGCAUCCAGACUGAAGGACUGGUUCGGAGUUCUCCACCUCGAUGCCAACCGAGACCUCAAAACCUCUGCCAACUCUGAUUCAGCGGCAGGACGUUUUGACACCAGCAUCCUGCCCAUCUGUAAGGACUCUCUGGGUUGGAUGUUCAACAAGCUGGACAUGAACUACGACCUCCUGCUGGACCAAUCAGAGCUCAGUGCCAUCUACCUGGACAAGUAUGAGCUGUGUAUGAAGCCCCUGUUCAACUCCUGCGACUCCUUCAAGGACGGGAAACUGUCCAACAACGAGUGGUGCUUCUGCUUCCAGAAACCUGACGGUCUGCCCUGCCAGAAUGAGAUGAACAGGAUUCAGACUCAGGGUCGACGGAAGAGUCUCAUAGGGGCCUAUAUUCCACGCUGUUCUGAGGAGGGUUACUUUAAGCCAACCCAGUGUCAUGGCAAUACUGGACAGUGUUGGUGUGUGGACAAAUACGGCAACGAGAUCGCCGGCUCCAGAAAACAGGGCAACCCCACCUGUGAGGAGGACCAAGAGACCUCGGGGGAUUUUGGCAGCGGGGGCGGCGUCCUUCUCCUUGAUGACCAGGAGGAGGAGCCACCUCGGAGUGGGAGGAGCCGGCAGAAGCAGAGGCGGGGCCGGAUCCAUCCCAGAGGGGCCAUCGAGGAUGACGAGGACGAGGAAGAUGACAAAGAUGACGAGAUUGGCUACGUCUGGUAGCUCCGCCCCCACCUGCUCUCCCAUCAACCAACCAGGGACUCCCGUUAACUCUGCACAGACCUGAAGCCCUUCCAGCGUCUCCUUCGUCCCACCCCCUACCCCUCAGCAUCAGUCCAUCUCCAACUGACUUUCCCUUCCUCUUGUUCAUAACUUCAUUGAAACUUUCUCUUUGUUAAUCCUCUCCUACUCGACCUUCAUAGAAUGUGUCCCCCUCCUACUCUCCUUCAGAUAAUAGAGACCUAUUAAAUUCAAACAAAGACUGUCUAGUCUCUUUUAAUGUGUUUCCCUCUGCUUCAACUGUCCCCAACUAAGAUUGCUCUCUCUUUCUUGCUCUUGCGCCCUGUACCUCGCUCAUCUCCCCUUUCUCUCUCUCUAUCUGUCUGUGUCUCUGGGAGUCUCGUGUCUGUCUUUGAGGCCAGAGACACAUUGGAUGUAAAUACGUUCACAACAGGAAGGCGAGAUUCUGCAGUAUGUUCCGUCCCCUGGCCCUUCUGUCAGAGACUGUUCUGUUCUGUGUUCCACUCCUGUCCUCUCUCCUCAUGUUCUAGAAUACCAUAUUCUCGGGUUCCAGAAUAUUCAUAGGCUCUUUGCUUGAGAAUAUUGUUCUUGCUGUUAUUGAAUGUUCCCGGGUGUCCUAGAAUCAGCAAGAGUGAUGAUGUGUUUUUUUUGCAUGUUCCCACUUCUACGCCCAUGCUGAAGACAUGUUUGGGUGGCCAGAUAUAACUCUUUAUGUAACCCAGAGUAUACACAUUAGUUUGGUUUAUUUGGUGACAAUGCCCACAUUCGCUGCUGCAGUGCUCUCUUCUGUUGCUAUCUUAAUGCUGUGCAAACCUCCUCUAAUGUAGCUUUUAGAAGUUUAAAACGAUGUUGAGAGCCACUAACUGAAUAGCAACCUCUGUCUUCAGCUUGAAAGUGCAAAGAUAUUUAUUAUCUUUCCAUUAAUUGAUAAUUAACAUUUUUAACAUUUUUUAAAGCUAGUUUUGUACUUUGGUUCAGGUGGAGACAAGCACUUUGUCUGUGGAAUUUCAGAUCAGAGAAAUCCCACAAAGAACCCAGUCACCAUUAUUCUGACCUGUUUCAAACCUCCAUAAACCAGCCUGCAGCUUUAGAGACGGACACAAAUAUAUAUUUUUUGAAUUCUAACGGUUUGCUUUGAAAAAAAUUACUAAAAGCAGCGGGAGUUUAAAAAUAACGUUUUACCAUAAUAGUUUUGCUUGUCGUAGAGUUUGAUUUCUGUAGCAUUUGGUUUGUAUUGUUGACUGAAGAAGUGAAAUAUUCUAGCUAUAGCUUCUAUUCUAAAUGAGUUCCUGUUUUAUUUCAGAAUAUUUCUGGUUGCAGUCAAGUGAGGUCAGUUAUCGUAGUGUAUCUACCCCACAAACCGAGAUGAGAUAGUCGUAACCCAUAAGGCAGGCUUAUGAACAGUUAUAAGCGUUACACAGGUACAGUAUAAGCACACACACACAAUGCUUAGUGGCAUUUCACUUUGAUAAUGACAGGCCUUGGAUGAUUGGAUGCAUAUAUUCACAGGUCUGAGCCGGGCACUAUAUGCUUCAUUGGGCAUGUGAUGUAGCGUAAUGAUAUAUUGCUUUUGCGUGCUUCGGCCAGUGGGAACCAAUCUUGAACAGAUUUUUGAUUAAUGUGUCUGUUGUGAUUGACACUUUAGUCCAUCCAGCACAGACAACAGCUCCACAGAAUACACUAUUCUACUCUUCAGCAAGUCAGUUGGCACCACUGAUGUUUUCCAUUUUCUCUGUGAAAUAGAAUUGUAGUUACAGGUAGGGACACAGCUAAUUAGAAAACAGUCUAUCACGACCAAACCCUGCUUGCUCCUUUCACGCUGGCGGAAUGCGUGAGUGAGUUUUACAGCCGUGGCUCUCCUCUCAUUCAUCUAAUUUCCCUUAUUUGGGUUUUAUAGCUCGGAGUCGACACCCGUAGAGUCAGCCUUUCAUCUCAUUCUUCUCCCAGAGGAGCCUGGGAAACCUGGAGACAGGAAGAGGAACUCAGGGGAUGAAAGUGAUGUUUGGGGCUUUUUUUCUCCUUCCCUCAAAUCUCUCUCCCUUUCUCUAAUUCCCAUCCUCAAUUUUUGGUCUCUGUUCUUAUUGCUCUCCCUUUUCUCCCUUCUUCUGUCCACUCCUUAUCCCUCUCUAAUAUUUCCCUUUCUCUCAUUCUUAUAUACACUAUAUCUGUGUAUUUACUAAGAACUGAUGGGUGAUUUCUCCCUCGGUCCCUUCUCGAUCGGUUGGUCCUUUCAGAUCACAACAUUAACUCAUCUAGUCACAACUGAUCACUGCAUCACAGUGACCUCUAACCCUGAUAUUGAUUGGUUGUUUGUUUAUCAGGUCAAUAGCAUGCAUGAUGACCCUUUUGUGUUUUGUCCCUUUGAAUCUUCAACUCUAACCUCUCUGUGUGUAUAUCAGCCAGAGAGACAAUAAACCUCCCGCUAACACAAUACGCACACACACCCACACACACACACAGACUGUAACAUACGUGUAACGUUAUCUCUUGCUGUAGCAGUGUAAGGCCCCUUCUUUUGAUUCUGCAAUCAACCUGCCCUUGACCUUUGCCCUCUCAUCAUAACAGACCCUUGCCCUGUCCUGAUGUCACUGCUGUCCCUCCCUGGCCUGCUUGUGUAGUACAUAGCUGAGUAACCCUCCCUCUUUUUGGUCCUAGUCGCUCAAACGUCUACAGAAGCGCAAUUACAUGCAAUCCCUAGGUCCUUUGCUGUUGCUGAACUGUCCUCAUACACACACAUGCACAUACACUCCUCUUUAUUUGGACAGUGAAG